AUGCUAAUUAUAUGUCUAAGGUCCAAUAUUGGAAAAUUUAAGAGGUUUUCCUUGACUUUGUCCGUGUCAACAAACAAUUCGAAAUGCCUCGGCUUUUUUAGCAUAGGUCCGAGUCAAUUAGCAAUGAUUCGAAACACUUCCUUUUACACUAUUUCUGAAACCCAAGGACUCAAUCGUAUGGAUAUGUAA